AUGGUUCGCACCAUGAUCAACGAGGUCCACGAUGCGUUAAGCAAGAUCGCGGAGCACCCGGUGUUCAAGGACAUCGUAGAGCAGGAGCCGAAGACCAUGUCGGAUGGAGGCGCCCAGGCGCCAUUCAAGCAGGCUGACAUGAACGCUGUGCUGAACAGAGAUGGGCCUGGCCUUGUCUACAAAUGCGGCCUCAAGUUUAUGUGGCAGAGCUUCGCGUGGAUGUGCAACCACCGCGUGCCCAUCAACAAAGGCCAGAUCAAGGAGCUCCAGAGGUUCGCCUUGGAGCCGCUGCAGCCGCCCAGGCACAUUCCCUUCGAGACGGUGAUUGCGUUGGACUCAGCCACGCAAUGCGUGAUGGGUGCGAAAGGUGCCUUGCAGCGCUUGUCGCCCCGGGAGCCCGCCUUCGCGGUGAUCUUCAGCAUCAGGGAUGCAAUCGUUCAAGAAGCUGGCGAUGACGUGUUAGGGAAAUGGCGCCACGUGCUGUUGACGGCGUCGUUCAGGUUCGAGCUGGUGACAUCAGGGGGCGAUCUGUAUUGGAGGGCCCGGAACCUCCGACAGGAAGCCAUCGAGAUGGGCAUCGUGUCCCAAUUGUCCGUCCGCCAGUGGAUCUACGACGUCGUUGGCUUCAAGGCUUCCAAAGAGAAGGACCUGGGCAGGGAGUUGGGCAGCGCUCAGGUCGCGAAGUGCUACCAUGAGAAGAUGAAGUACGCCGGGGGGACGGAGGGAGUCAGCGCGUCUUUCGUCGACAGCGCCCUCGCCGUGCACAGGGGGGUCCUCAGCAACGAGACGGCGCGCCAGUGGCUCGAGUGGUGCGACGAGCACCUGAUGGAGAAGAGCCCAUGGAGCAAAUCGAUUUAUGCGUUGCAGGCCUUGGUCGACCGUGCGCAGACGACAUCUCGCAUUGCCUGGGCCAUUUGCGGCCUCACGGAUCUCUGCCGCAUGGGACUCCUUAUCACCGCGGGGGAGUUCGCGAUCGGCAGGAUGAAGGACUACUGGCAGAGCUACAUCGAGGUCCUCAACCUGAAGCAUGCCAUGCGCGAUGAGUUGCUCCAGACGUGGUUGCCAGGGAUCGGUCUGCCAAUCGAGCACGUUAAAAAGAUGCAGGAGGCGUUCGCCGAUUUUCCGAACGUGCGCGCGUCUGUGACCAGCUACCCCGACGAGCCCACGGUGGACGCUACGUGGAUGGUCGGAUUGCCCCCAUCUUCGGUGGCGGCAUGCACCUUUCCGGAAGAGUGUAUCUACACUUGCUCCUAUGACGGCCGCUACAGGGACGCUGUAAAGUCGAAGGAAAAUGUUGCUGACAUCUUGGAGUACGAGAGCGUCAAGCGCGAGAUCGACGAGAUCGCCGCGACUCUGGCCCAAGAGCGAUCCGCUGCAGCGGCGGCGAGAGGAGAGACCCCUGCAGUGGGCCCAGCUACGCCAGCUCCGACAACUGGUACAACCGAGACUCCAGAGUCGAAGGGCUUUCACAGCAUGGAGCAGCAGGACCAGGAGUCUUGCGAGAAUAUCAUCAAGAAGCAUGUCCACACGCACGUGGACAUCAUCGUCGAGAAGAAAACGGCCGCUGAGCUGGAAAACGCAAUUCGCGAUUCCACUCUGGCGGGCAUCAGGGGCGAUCCGACUGGUCGCGCGCUGUUUCACUUCGGCGCCAAGCAGAGCGGCGAGCCCAUAACUCGCCUGGAGCUGCGGGUCGCCCCCCUGCGCGACGCGAACUACCACAGGCUGGUCAGGGCCGUGCUGAACGCGCGUGCCCCGGACAAGAAGAAGCAGGGCGAUGAUGAUGAGGGCGAAGAGGAUAAGGAGGACGACCCCGACGACGAGGACGGAUUUGAGGUCCUGACCAUCACCUCCCCUGUCAUCGACAUCGUUUUCUCCGAGGCCAGCGUCGCCAACCGCCGCGGGAAGUUGCGCAGCUGCACAGGUGGCUUUCACCAGUCCGAGUGCGCUCACAUGCUCUCGCAUGCGAAAGGAGUGGACCAUGAGUUGGUCUACGGCAAGAAGAACCUCAUCGCCGUCGGCGGCAAGACGAAAGGCGCGAGCCCGGGCGACGUGGUCGAGCGCAAGACGGACUCCACGCAAGCGCCACUCAUCCACAUGUUUUUCUUGAAGGCCAUCGUGGACUUGACGCCGCUGGACGCCAAAUUCGCUUGGCAGGCGGUGCUCAACCGCGUGGGGUACGUCGGCAUCGCUUCCACCGAGGAGCACAAGACUAUGAUCUACGCGAGGCUCGUCGAGCAGAUGAAGACCGAGAUGUGCCAGACGGGCCCCAAGCUCUACAACGCCCAGUGCGCGAAGGCGGCAGGGCUCACCGAGAGGCCGCCCCCAGUGCCACCGCCGAACCCCAAGCGCCCCACGGCUGAGCCAGGCACUGGCGGGGAUGGUGAGCCUGAGAACGACCGUCGUGAGCCUGAGGAUGAUGGUCUUGUUGGUGAUCCCGAUCCUGAGAACGCCUGGGAUCCCUUUGCAUGA